CCACGCUGCCCGCGGGAUGCGGAGGGGGCCUCUGGAGGGGGCGGGUUCGCUGCAGCCAGAACGCCGGGAGCCGCCCAGGAAUUUUGGCUAGGACUGAGAGCAUUUCCUCCCGGGCGGGCCCGGCGCGAUCCCGGGGAGGGCGGCUGCGGGCAGACGCUGCGCUGCGCUCGGCCCGGCCGGCACCAUGCGGUCCCUGCUCUGCGCGCUGGCCGGGCUCGCCCUGCUCCGCGCCGCGGGCGCCUUCGCCGCUGCGGAACCCCUCAUCCGCUCCCAUGGAGACCUAGCUCGGAGCCCAGGGUGUGACAGACACUUGGCUGUCCACGGCCGUUUAGACGUCAUAGAGGAGACGGUGGAGAAGACGGUGGAGCACCUGGAGGCAGAAUUGAAAGGCCUGCUGGAUCAGCUGGAGGAGCUGGCCUGGAACCUGCCCCCGGGGCCCUUCAGCCCGACCCCUGACCUCCUCGGAGACGGUGAGUGGCUCAGGUAGCAGAGACGACAGCCUCUGGGGCUGGGCAAGCAGGAUAGGGAUGGCUGAUCCACCUUGCAGGUGUAGCCCGGACAAGCCAGGAGGGGCUCCAGCUCCGCCUGGGGACAGAAGUGGGAAGGCAUCCCCCUCACCUCCCCUAAGUGUUCUCUGCCCCUACCCCCACCCCAGGGGUUUCUGCAACCCAGCAUCAGGUCGGGGAUCCUGGAAGAGCUGGCCCCUUGCACCUGAGUGCCACUCUCGCCAUCACCCUGACACAGAGCGGCUGCCUCCUUCACUGGCCAUUUUCACGCCCCCAAACCUCCUUGGCUCCUUUUAUCUCCCUUCCAAGGAACCACUCCUGUGCCACCACAAAACCCUCUCAGGGAAGACUGGCAUCCCUCUGAUCAGGCGGUGGAGGGAUUGCCACCCUGCUCCCUCCUGGAGCCCUGUGCUCCCUGGCACAGGAGUUCCCUGGGGACCGGGAGGGGCGGUAAGGAGGCCUUCAGCACCCUCUGCUUGCCCACUCCGAGGCUGUGCCCU